CCGCCGGCACCGCCCCGUCCCGGCAGCGGGCGCGGCUGUUUACAGGUCCGACGAGUUGCGUCGGUCUGCGAUAAAAGACAUCUGAGGACACCUGCAGAGAUGUGGCCGCUUUGGGGACUGGACCUGAGCCGGGGGCGCUGUGACCUGCUCUUCACAGAAGCCAUCAACCAAAGGAUGCAGGUUCCCAACAGGCUGAAGGUGGCAGAGAGCUGCAGCCCCGGGGACAGGAGGAGAGGGACGGAGGAUGUCCCUGUGUCCUUUCGGAUGCACAUCCCUGAUAGGAUUUCUCUGGCAGAGAUACCAGACACCAGUUUGAGGCCAGUCCUGCUGACCCAGCCGAGGAAGGUCCCCUCUGUGGUGGUGCACGUGUCCCCAGACCCCCCCGGGGAGGUCCCCUUCCUGCCCUCAGCCAGCAGAGCCAGCGCCCAGCGCCGCAGGCGAUCGGGCCAUCCCAGCAGCAGGGCACGGAGGGACAGGACCCCGAGUGACUGUGCCCAGCUGGCCUUGCACAGCCCAGGACAGCAGCACGAGGGGCCGGACUCGUGUCCCCUGCCUGCUCCCAGUGCCCCACUCCCCCUCCUCACCGAGGCAGGCAGGAUCUACUCCAUGCAGAACAUCUUCCAGACCAUGUACCUGCUGGGCCAGGUGCUCUUCCACCGUGUCCAGGACUCCCUGCGAGACCCAGCACAGUCCAGCUGCCAGGAGCCCACCCCAGCUGCAGAGAGCGCCCUGGAGGAGGCUGGGGUGACAGAGGUGGCAGUGAUGAGGAGGCAGCUGGCGAGGAUCUCGGGGAGGCUGCGUGUGCUGGAGGAGCAGUGCCAUGCCUGGAGGCAGAAGGAGGCCCUGCUCUACUCUGUGAUGAUCUCUGCUUGUCUCAUCAACACCUGGCUCUGGCUCAGAAGAUGACAGCCCCUGCCUGACCUCCCCUGCUCACCUGGCAGAGGAGCGUUGCUCGUGUACUUGCCAGCAGUGAAACUCUUGUUUCUUGACUAGGACUGCUUUCUGCACUGUGGGCCCUCAAGAAUCUGUGUCCUUCAUGCCUUGAUGGCAGUGGAGGUGUGAGAAGCUGCUGUGAAGAGCUGAGGUCUCCCAGGAGCUUGGUGGCUGACACAGGAGGUGUCUGUUCUGUGCAGCUGCCCUCAGGCUGCCAGAGGAGAUGCAAACCUGAGGUGUUGGGUGUUUGUGGACAUGGGGUCCUGUUCCAGUCAUAGCCUGGUCCCCUGGCCACAUCCCACCUUGGACAUCUCAACUCUGACCCCAUAAAAGUUCUCAGCUGACUGCUGCGGGCAAUUCCUCAUCUUCUGUAGAGUGACUGAGUGUUUCUAAACUUCUGCUGGGUUUUCUUUCCUUCCUUUUUUCAACUGUUUGGUGGAGGUGGUACUGCCAGGUCUCCUGUGCCAGGAAUGGAGCUGGAGGGGCCAGGAGCUCCCAUCCCUGCAGCUACAGCAGGUUUGUUCAGUCCAGAGUGACUGUAAGAGCCUUGCUGACAUCUGGGCUUAUCCAGA